GACCGCUCCCGUCGUUCGUUCGGCCUCCGCGUCGCGCUCCACGCCGAGCCCGUCUCGUCCUCGCUGCCGCCGUGCCCGCCGUGCCGUUUGGGUGUUCCGUUGCGCCCGCACCACCCCCCUCCGGUCCCUCAGUCCCUCGUGCUCGUGCAACAGCACACUGCAACAAGUCCGUCCUGCCGGCCGGCCGGGUAGCGUUUGGACACCCUGUGGAUUACUAUCAACGCCUCCACCGCCUUCGUUCUGUGAUUGCUCGACGCGCCUUAUGGUGAGGGAGGCCAAGUGAAGUGCUUUCAAGGACAGGAGCCGCGAUGCCGCCCAACGCCUUGCAAAAGGAGGGCUUCCCUAUAAAGUGCAUGGCCGAGGGCGCUGCUGAGUACCACCAGCAGAUCAUGAAGAGCACGGCCGCCAUGUUGAUGCCGGGCGCGUUGGGCGGUCCGGACGGCGUCUCCGCGCUGCUGGGCGGCGCGGACGGCCUCGGCGCCGGCCUCGUCGGGGGCGCCGGCCUCCAGGGCGUGACCCUGGCCGGCGCGGGAGUGCCCACGGGCACGCCGCAGGGCGGCGGCGUCCAGCAGAAGGACACGACGUGGACCAAGCUGUUCGUCGGCGGCCUGCCCUACCACACCACGGACAAGUCUCUGCGCGACCACUUCGCCGUGUACGGCGACAUCGAGGAGGCCGUCGUCAUCACCGACAGGCAGACCGGCAAGAGCCGAGGCUACGGAUUCGUGAUUAUGGGCGACCGGCCCGCGGCCGAGAGGGCCUGCAAGGACCCCAACCCCAUCAUCGACGGCAGGAAAGCCAACGUGAACCUGGCCAUCCUGGGCGCCAAGCCCAGAGGCAACGUCACACCUGGUUUCACGUUCCCCGGGAUCAGGACGACGGGCUACCCUUCAGUCUUACCGAGCCAGUACGGCGUGCCGCAGAGCUACGUGUACCCCGCGCCCUACCUGUCUGCCGGCCCCGGCGUCGUGUCGCUGCCGCCGGCCCAGCUGUCGCACGCCGCCGCCGUGGCCGCCGCCGCCUCCCAGUUCUACGAGUACCAGAACGCCGCCGCGGCCGCCGCCGCCGCCGCCUCCUACCCCGGCCAGUACCCCUCCAGCUUCGAGGGCUACCCCUACACGAGUGCGGCCGCAGGUAAGGAUUUGUCACUGGCUGCGGAAUUCUUGUCGUGGAAAGCAGGCGCGGCUGCUGCUAGCUACAUGACGCCCUACACCUACGCCACGCUGCCCCAGUCCGCGUCGGGGCUGCAGUCAGCGACCAGCGCCUUCUCGGGCCUGUCACCGUACCAGUCCGCGGCCGGGGCCUCGCUCCAGGAGGCGCGCCUGCAGUGAAGCGGAGCGAGUGGGGUGGGCUGGAGCCUGGAGUAGCCUGGAGUAGCCUGGAGGCCCGGCCGGAGGCUGGCGGAGAGGAUGGACCAGCUGGACGGAGCCCUGGCCUUGCGGCCUGGCCCUCGAGGCGCGGCCCCGGCUGGCCCUGUCUGCCCUUGUCCUUGUCCUACCCCUCGGGCCUGGGUCUGGGUCUGGGCCCUCGGUAGCACGCCCAGUUAGAUUAAUUCUAAUUCUAGCGGGGCUCGGCGUGGCGUGGCGCAAGCGGCCAACGGCGGGCCCCAAAUCAAAUUCACAUUGUAUUUGCUCACGCUCUACCAAAUUGAUAAUACCAAAGUGUUGAAGUGCUCCUCGCUUUGUUACAAAAUGACUAGUGGUGUGUCACACAGAGGCCUUUAUUGGUGUUGGAAUUUUAUGGUAAAGCAAUCUCAAGUCUGGGUCUCGCAGAGGUUUGUACCCUAGCGCCUUCCUGCGUCGUUUCCAUGUUAAUCACAUAAGUUAAAAAUGUGCUGUGCAAGUUGUUAAUUUGGGAACACGAGUCAGGAGGGUGAAGGGCACUUUAAUUCUGGAAUUAACAGGAGUAUUUCAAUCUUUACAUGAGAUUUGACCAUAGGUGAUAGGCCCCUAUAUAAGGCUUAUGUUGAUGUAAUUAUUUUAUGACUGUUUAUGAUGUGGGGAAUCUCAUUGUAAAGGUUGUUGUUAAAAUAAGUUCUUAUUUUUAUCUUAGGCCUUAUCAGGGCAUUCUUUUAAUCUAUAAGUGCAUUCAAUAACAUAAGAAACUUUUAUUCCGUUGAUGUCUUUGAUGGGGGUAAGUAAACUAAGUAUGUUAUGUAAUAUAUAUUAGCUUCAUCCCUUGAAGUUUAUAUCUUUAUGUGGUUAUCCAUUCUGUGUUAUCAAAUAGCUUGGCUGCUAUUUAUGAAUUCUGCCAAUGCUGUUCACAAGGUAGUUAACUUGUAGCCCUUAGGUGAUUUUUUUUUGUCCAUCUCCACCGUAUGGUGUGAAAGUGGGUGGUUGAGCUUUUGUCCCUGAUGAAAUGUAAAUAAAGGGGUUGUUGGUUCCCUAUGCUCAGACUCAAAGAAUCCAGUACUCCAAGUGUUUUUGAAAGCUGUUGAUAUUGAGGCUUCUGUUAGGCGUUAUUGUUGAUAAAUGUGUUAUCUAGUCUGUUGUAGAGUGUGGUCGGAAGGAGCUUGAGGUAUGGUUCAUUGCCUCUUCGAUUCACUGUUCAGACAUUAAAAAGAAAGUACUUAAAGAGUGUAUCAUUGUUCAGAGAGCUACCCACUUGAGUGGAGACACAAUUAUGGAGUACAGUAUGUUGUUCUGUCGACCUACCAAUUUGUUAAUAAUUUAUUAUUAUAUUAUGAGUACUCUCUGUUUCUCCUUUUUGACCAAUAGCUUGCAGAGUUGUUAAAUAUUGAGUCACAUUGGUACAAAUUUUAGAAGUAGUGGUAUUGGCAAGUGAAGUAUGCAAGUUAUGGGUUACUAGUUUGUCGCAACACAGAUGAAUAUUCCCGCAGCCACAUCUAGUGAUACAACUCAAUUCUAUACGGUACCAUUUUUAAAAUGCAACUAGAGCCCUUCUGAUUCUUUGUUUCUUUUAAUUUGUUUUUAUGAUAGUUACAUUUUUGUGAACUCUAGUCCAAGCAAAAUACCAAAAUGGUCAUAGAUAUUGUAAGAUCUAUUUGUCAUUUUAGUUUAACAUAAUGUAAUGAUGUUGAUAUUAUUGUUACAGUUCAUUUUACUUGCAUGGGUGAUAAGGUUAGGCAAAAACAAGUCAAAAAAGCAUAAAAAUAUUUUAACUAUUUGUGAAGUUCAGCUACUGCAGUUGUUAUUGUUGUUGUAUUUUUCCUCUCAGUGUGGCAUUGGUGUCAGUGCAAAGCAUUUUCUGUGCUCUGAAAAAUGUGCAUAUCAUGCUCAGAAUUCCCAGUGAAUGGAUUUGGAUAGCACUGUGAAAUUCUAGUUGAAUUUCUCCUCAGCCCGCGAUUUACAUCCUGUGUCCAAACCUCAGUUCUUAUAUGUGUGGCAGUUCUAAAAUGAAAGUAGAAAUCACUGUUUGUAGAUGUAUGUAAAUUAUUAUUUUUAAAAAGUCAAAUGUAGAAGUUUAAGUAUUAGGCUGUAAUCUAAAGACAAUCUAAUCAAAAGUUGAAUCUUUAAUUACCAGAGAACCAUUAUUGUACAGAGAACUAAAAUUCUACCCCAUAUCAAGGUAGAGAGUUCUGUUCCUCUUUUGCUCGUGGAAUUUAUUGUACAUACCUGAUUGCAUAUUUUCGUAUGCUCAAUUAUAGGAAAAGACAAAGCGAUGAUUUCGCAGAUUCUGUGCUGCCAUUAAUGCCAUACGAUAUAUUUCUUUACUUUUACGGAAUUUGGACCACACUGGUUUCUCUUUUUCAAAGUCAUCAUGUAUUGUGUUUGAGAAAUUUACUUGCGGUAAUUAGGAGUCUCUUCUCAAAACCAUAUAUCAUAUUUUAUUUAAGUUAAAAUUUCAAAAUACAGUUUUUUUAAGUCAGCAACAUUGUGUCCUAUUUCCUUGGUACAAGUUAGCCUCUUUCUCCUGCUUCUCGUGAAUCUUUCUUUUGCGUAGAUAUAUCAAUUUAAAUUCCCAAACUUCUUGUGGAAUGAAUGAGGGUUCCUUUGUUCCUUGGUGUCAUUGUGUGAGUCGUUGUAUGUGGCUGAUCUCACGGCAAACGGUGAUUGCAAUGCCUGCGCAAAUCGUAUUUUCUUAAAUUGUUCUGCAUUUCAUUGCAGUCUAUCAGGUAUAUAUUUAAGUAGGAGUAGCAGACAAACUUAAAAAGAAAUAAAAACGUAAGUGUUAAUUGUAGUUGAGCAUCACUCAUUUUGCUGGUUUAUGAUACCUAUCAUAAAUAUUUUUGGUUACAUAUAUGCAUAUAUAUUUAUUAAUAUAUAUAUAAAUUCAUCCUAGUUACAUCUUUAAUAUAAGCAACUGGUUCGUGCAAUAUAGAUCAACCUUAACAGAGGCUGCACUCAUACUACUGACUGCAAAUUGCAUGACUACUUUAGCGUGGUAAAUGUGUAGCAUAUCUGACAGGUCCCUAAUUUUUCUCUUUUCUUCUCCUGCGGCUCAUGUCAUGAAGCUUAGCAAAACGGUCUCAAAAUUCUCAGUUUCUAAAUGUUUCCCUUGACAUUUAAUUCUCUGUUGCAGCACAUUCAUUAAAUUUGUUUAGAGCUUGACUCAUUGUGACUGGGUUUUUCACUUUUUAUAUUUUUUCACAGAAUAAGAGUACCAUGUACUUGGACCAUGUAAUCGUAUUGCCUUAGCAAAAAUAGUAUAUUUUAUCAUUGAUACUGUAUGCACAUAUUUUUCAGUGCACCAAUAUAAAUCUGAAAAAUCCGUCCAACUCUAUGAGUCGUGUGAAUUUAAUAAUAAAUGUGGUCAUGAUUAUAGGUGUCUGUAUAGCACUGUUUUUAGAGCAUUGUCUUAUGAACUGAGAGAUCCCUCUUUAUGGUGUCUUUAUAGUUGUUUGUUUAUUAUAAAUUCACUUUAGCUCCGUAAUUACCAUUGUGCACCUUUAAAUCAUAUACUGUUAUUGAGUGCCUCUCUAUGAAAUUCAAUCAUUCAACAUCAUUGCACAUGUUUGGAGUACCUUUCAUGUCAUCAAUGUACUUUUGCGUCAUUACAUGUUGAAAAGUAGGAUAUGUCAUAUGUGAACUAACGCACCAUUGAUCAUCACUUUCUAAUAGUAAAUCUUAAAAUACUGCUAAACUGGUUAAGAUGCUCCUCAAAUCUGUUGGUUUGUUAUUGCAAGCUCAUCAUUAAUAGGCCCAAAAUAAUCGUAUAGCCUGUUAACUUUUACAUGCUGCAAUGAGAAAUCACAGCAAUCAAGGUUGUGUAUUACAAGUAUUGUUUUCUUCAUUUCAACUAUUUUUGGGAUGUUGUCAUUGAAAAACUACCAAUUCAAAUUUGACACUUCCCCUUUUCUUUUUGUAUAAAUAUUUCAUCUUAGAUCCUUUUUUUCUAUAAUGUUAUUUAAAUACUUAAAUUAUCAUACAUCAAUUAUAAGAAGGCCAAACUAAACACUUUCACUUCUUCUGCACAAAGGCAGAAGUUCAUGAGAAUGUGUAUGGUAUGGCUGCACUAGAUUAGACAUUUUACAACUUGUGAAAUAAUUUGUAGAUAGCAAAAUAAUCAAUAUACGAAAUAUACAACAACAAAUCCAC